UAUCCAUCCAUCCAUGUUAAAGAUAAAUCAAAGACGGCAGUCGGCAAUAAAUAGAUGAUCACAAACAACGAAAAUGAAAUAAGAAUUCAAUUCAAAUUUGACGAAAUACAAUAGCAUAUACUACAAGAAAACAAUUAAAAUUGCUUUGUCUGCCUCUUAAGAAAUAGCCAAACCCCAUUAAAGUCAAUCCCUAAUCUGAAACUUUGAAGAUUGAACAACUAAUUUUCAAACACCGUUAGCUUUGAAAAUUGAAAUUCAAGCCAAGCCAAACAAGAUAAAAAACUUUCAAAGCUGGAACAAGAGAUAGCUCUGAGGAAGAAGAAGAAGAUUGAAGAAAAAUGGCAUUUGCAGAAUUAUUCACCAGUGUUGGAUCGAUAAUUGGGAGUUUGGUGUUCAUAUGGGCUAUUUUUCAGCAGUAUUUUCCAUUUGAGCUUCGUGCUUGUUUCGAGAAAUACUCUCAUAGAUUUGUGAGUUUCUUUUAUCCUUAUGUUCAAAUCACUUUCAAUGAGUUCACCGGAGAGGGUUUCACUCGGAGUGAAGUUUAUAUUGCUAUUCAGAAUUACCUCACCAGAAACUCCUCAUCGGAAGCCAAACGCUUGAAGGCAGAUUCCAUGCAGAGCAAUCAAUCUUUGGUACUCACCAUGGAUGAUCACGAAGAAAUUGCAGAACAAUACGAGGGGAUAAAGCUAUGGUGGUCAUCGGGAAGAAUCAUUAACAAAUCUCAGACGAUUUCAUUCCACCCAGCAACAGAGGAUAAAAGGUUUUUUAUGCUUACGUUUCAUAGAAGGUACAGAGAUCUCAUAAUCAGCCAGUAUUUGAACCAUGUACUCAAAGAGGGGAAAGCGAUUAAGGUAAAGAACAGGCAACGGAAGCUUUUCACUAACCAAGACGCUCAAUGGAGCCACGUUGUGUUCGAACAUCCAGCGACGUUUAAGACAUUGGCAAUGAAGCCGGAGAGGAAGAAAGAGAUAAUGGAUGACCUAAUUGCGUUCAGUCAGGCGGAGGAAUUUUACAAAGAAAUCGGUAGGGCUUGGAAAAGAGGAUAUCUCCUGUACGGUCCACCAGGAACUGGAAAAUCAACGAUGAUAGCGGCGAUGGCGAAUCUUUUAGGGUACGACAUUUACGAUCUCGAAUUAACGUCCGUAAAAAACAACCUAGAAUUGAGGAGAUUACUUACGGAAAUAUCAAGCAAAUCCGUCGUCGUAAUCGAGGACAUUGAUUGUUCCCUCGAUCUCACAGGCCAACGGACAAACAAAACCGAGAAAGGAAAAAAAGAUAUAGACAAGGAUCCAAUAAAAAGAAUGAUGAUGAGAGAAAUUAGUGAUACAAACCCCAGCGAAGUGACGCUUUCGGGGCUUCUGAACUUCAUAGACGGACUCUGGUCGGCAUGUGGAGGAGAAAGACUGAUAGUCUUCACGACGAACUAUGUCGAGAAACUGGAUCCAGCACUGAUUAGAAAAGGAAGAAUGGAUAAGCAUAUAGAAAUGUCGUUCUGUGGAUUUGAAGCGUUCAAGGUACUGGCGAAGAAUUACCUGAAGAUUGAACGGCAUCCUCUGUUUUCGAAGAUUGAGAAGCUAAUAAGUGAAACGGCGAUCACUCCGGCGGAUGUGGCGGAGCAUUUGAUGCCGAAGGCAGUUUCAGGUGACCCUAGAGAUUGCUUGGAGAGUCUAAUUGAAGCUCUAGAAGAGCUAAAAGAAGAAGAAGAAGAGAGGGUGAAGGCAGAGCAAAACAAGAAAAAGGAGGAAACAUGCUAAAAAGAUGAGUUUGAGAAAUUCCAUUCCCUUCCCAUUUUGUUUAAACUGACUAUAGCUUUCUUUUCUAUUUUUCUAAUAAUUGAUUUAGUUAUCACUUCAACCUUAUUAGGUGAAUACUAUAUGAUAAAAUUCCAUUGAUCAAUAAAAGUACACUCAAACUUUAGAAAAAUA